CAACAACGGGCUUGCCCACGCAAAAUGCCCACGCAAAAUGCAUAUUAUAAAACCCGGUGUUUUAGCUCCACGUGGACAUAAGCUUGCUUUGGUAAAGAAUCUCCUGAAGCGAAAAUAAUUUUAUUGAAACAUGAUGAAUGCGAAGAUUAUCGCUGUGUUGUUUGCAUGUUGCGUUCUGGCGAUUAUGGCUGGGUCAGCUGAUGCUGUCAAGUGUUAUAUGUGCAACCCAGGGGCCCCAGGUUGUGACGAUCCGUUUGAUGCUAACAAAAUGGCGGCUGAUAAUAUGGAAAGCGAUUGUGCGGCCUGCAUAAAAGGAAAGAUGAAAAUAGCUGGAAUUCCGGUUACAUCCAGAGGUUGCUCCGGAACAGCAGCGCCUUUUGACGGCUGUCAAACAAAGUCCGCGUCUGGCCUGAGUGGAACAACCUGCUACUGCAAGUCCGACCUCUGCAACUCGUCGGAUCGCGUGUCCAUUGCAGCAACAUUGCUGGCACUUCCGGCACUGACGUACAUCGCUUUCCGAUUAAGCUUUUUUUAAUACAGAAACUGUAUUAUUGUUUUGUUCGUUUAUAUCAUAUACAUGAUCAUUGAUGUUUCACUUACCUUGUCAUCAAGAAAAACAUGACAUAUUAUAUUUUUAUACACCAAUUGUCAUUCCUAUAAUGAGUGUUGUGUGUUCAUAAUGACGGAUGUUAUACAAGUCACCUGAAUAUUACAUAAUUGCAUUUCAAUAACACUGCUAUAUGUAUCAUGUGAGCAUUCUAUACACAGAAAUUAUAAUUAAUGUUUUAUGUAUUCUUAUAUCUAUGAUGCACAAUUGUGAUCAAUGUUGUAGCUAACCAAGUUCGACAUAAAGACAUGAGAAAACCUUAUUCAUUUUGACGUUUUAAGAAUGUUGUUCAAUGCAUCAAAAUAAAACAUUGAAAUAAAUUUAUGUCUCAUUAA